GGGCGUUGUGGUGACAACCUACCCCCUUCGGCUGGUGGACAUCAACCAAUGUGAUGCUGCGGAGGAGCUGGGGAGCUUACCCCCCUUCACAGGCACCCACACUUGCCCCUCCACCACCCAGUGCGAGGCGGUCUCAGGACUAGGGUUCGUACGUGGGGGCUACACAUGCGUGUGUCGCCAGGGCUACUACAGGCCAAACAGCACACGUGUCGCCUCGCCCCCCCACCACGCUCACGACAGGUGCGUGCCACGCUCACGACAGGUGAUCGCUUCCUCUAUGUGGUCCAUGCUGCUCACGAUGAUGCUCGGUGCUUGCCUCAUAUACUGCACAGUACAGGUGUACAGGUGUGUUCUCAAGCUGUACAGGUGCGUUCUCAAGCUGUACAGGUGUUCUCAAGUUCUCAAGCUGUACAGGUGCGUUCUCAAGCUGUACAGGUGUGUUCUCAAGCUGUACAGGUGCGUUCUCAAGCUGUACAGGUGCGUCCUCAAGCUGUACAGGUGUGUUCUCAAGCUGUACAGGUGUGUUCUCAAGCUGUACAGGUGCGUUCUCAAGCUGUACAGGUGUGUUCUCAAGCUGUACAGGUGUGUUCUCAAGCUGUACAGGUGUGACAGGUGUGUUCUCAAGCUGUACAGGUGUGUUCUCAAGCUGUACAGGUGUGUUCUCAAGCUGUACAGGUACAUGGCAGCAGGCACAGCCUUCAUCCUGCAGCUGCGGACGGAGGGUCGCUCGCUGUUGUCGGAAGCCACCACCGCGUCCGGCCACCGCUUCUCCUACUGCCAGCCGCUGUGGUGGGAGGUCGUCACUGAGGCGGAGGAGCUGCUGUUCCUGGUGUUCGGGCUGUACUUGGCCUUCCAGCUGCGCGGCGCCUCUGCGAGGUUCAUCGCGUCCAUGGGCGGCCGCUGUAACCUCAGCAGCGAAUACAAGGCCCUGGCUGUGGAGCGCCGCGCCCUCACCGUCGCCCUCUGCCUCGAGCUCCUAGUGUCCUGCGUCCUCUACGUCAUCAGACACGCGCCCCACGCCAUCAGCUCCCUGCAUCCUGACCAGCUCUUCCUGCUAUACUUCGUGCGCGUGCAUCUCACCAUCACGCUCUCCAUGGUGCUCAUCAUCGGUCCUAAGUUGUGUUGUCGCGGAGACCCGCUGGACGCUGCAGGAGAGCUGCAAGCGAGGGAGGUGCCCACAGACCUGCACUUGUGUGAGCAGCUUGCCAACGGCGACGUCGAGAUCAACGAUAUCAGCAUCAACCAAAUGGACCCUGAAGAAAUCCGGAACCGCAAAGGCAGCAAAGACAAGCACUGCAAUAAAGGCAGCAAAGAUAAGACUCAGGCGCGACAUCGGGGCGCCGUGGCGAUGGACUGCCUGGAGGUGGAGAACCGCACGCCCGAAGACUCGGUGUGCUCCAUGGAGGGACCUUCGGGCGUGUCGGUCUACGCGGACUGUCCCUCCAACUUCUCUGAGAUCAACGAGAUCUCUUAUAAGAUGUAGUCGUUGUAUAUAACAGCGUCUUAAUUAUUAAAUAGUGGAGCUUGGAACACAAGGAUAAGAUAUUAACGAGCCGCAGAUCUCUUGUAAGAUGUAGUCGUUGUAUAUAGCAGCGUCUUAAUUAAAUGGUGGAGCUUGGAACAAAGCAAGGGUUAAAUGAAGCAAGGGUUAAAUGAUAGAGCAAGGGUUAAAUGAAGCAAGGGUUAAAUGAUAGAGCAAGGGUUAAAAAGCAAGGGUUAAAUGAAGCAAGGGUUAAAUGAUAGAGCAAGGGUUAAAUGAUAGAGCAAGGGUUAAAUGAUAGAGCAAGGGUUAAAUGAUAGAGCAAGGGUUAAAUGAUAGAGCAAGGGUUAAAUGAUAAUUCGGAGAAGCAAGGGUUAAAUGAUAAUUCGGGCUAUUUUGCUUAUGAAUAUAGAUCAUUGAGCAAAAUGUGGAGCCAGAAGUAUUACUAUAAGAUAUUGAGCCAUAGAUAUAAAUAUGUUGCAGGGCUUAUUACGUGCUCGUGGUGUACACCCAUUUAUUUUUCUGAAAUAUUAAUUCGAUGCUUAAAUUUAAUAUAUUUAAAGAUACAAGAGAGCGGCGAAAUUCUGCAAAUGCUGAGUACAAUGUGUUUCAAAACAAUUGGCUGAUUAAAUAUGAUAUUUCAUAA